GUACACAGCGCUAUGCAGCUGCAGUCAGAUAAGCUGAAAAGAGAACGGCAAUAUGACAGAAGUGACAGCUGCAGCUAAAAGACGUGAGACCCCCCGCCACCCUGAGGACCCUUAGUCAUGUCCACAGAUGACAGCAUCUCUGAGGACGUGUCCAGUUCGGUGGCCCUGAGCGCGGAGCACCCCCCACCCCACCGCCUCCCCCAUCACCAUCACCACCAUCACCAUGACGACCGCAGCAUCAGCAAGGGAGAGGCAGAGGGAGAGGUCAGCGAGGCGUCCGUCGUCUCAUUGGAGGACACUAUGUCGGGGGCGGGGCCUGUGGUGGUGGUGGGCGGAGAGGAACGCGGAGGGGUGGAGUCACCCGUGCAGACGCUAGAGGGGCUGCUGCAGGCCGCCCAGGAGAACAGACGCGCGGGCAGGGCCCUGUGUGUGGACGGCGAUGAGCUGUCCAGUGAGCGUCCGCUGCCCUUCAUCAACCCCAGCUCCCUGGAGACGCUGCGCGCCCUUGUACAGGAGAUCCAGACCAGCGGACACACGGACCCCGAAGUGUGGAAGAACUGCGAGGGCCGAUGGCUGCACCUCUUCCAGCUGGUGGAGAAGCAAUACCAGGAGCAGAUCCUGGCCCAGCAGGAGCAGUACCAGUGCCAGAUACAGCUCAUCCAAGAUGAGAUCAAGGCCUUACUGCAGCUGCAGCAGAAACAGGGGGCGGAGCAGAAGGCGGGACAACCAGCUGUCACUCAAGAGUGCCCAGCCACUCAUGAAGCUCCUGAUGCUGACGCCACACUAGGGGCGGAGCCUAAGGCCAUCCAGUCCGAGCUGCUCUCCCCUCCCUCUGCCCCUGCCAAUGAGAGUUCAGAGGAGGGCGUCGUCAGUGGAUACGGAACGCUUUCUACCUGGGAGGCGGAGCUAGAGGCGGAGUCACACCUCCUGCCCUCCCCAUUGGCUGCUGAACCAUGUCUGACCAGUCAGGAGCACCAGCACAGACACACGUCCUCCACCCUGAUUGGCCACACACACCAGCAUGCACCCUGCAGGCAAGCGCUGACCUCGUGGGCCCAGAAGCAGAGCCGCACCCAGAAGAAGGGGGAAAAGGGGGGCCGGCGUUCCCAACAGCAGCAGCAGCAGCAGCCGUCCUCUUCAGCCCCCCAGGAGAGCAGUGAGGGAGGAGGCCCCGCCGCCAGGACACCACCAGCAGAACACCUGGAACUGCUGGGCUGCCCUGUAGACUCCUCCAGUCCCAGCUCUCUAAAGAGGAGCGACAGCCUCGUGUCGGAGGCCUCAGGUCUGACCUACUGGCGGUUGGACGAGUCGGAUCUCUACCGCCCCCUGCCUGACGCUUUCUGCAGUGCGUCUGGGCUGCCAUCUCCAGGUGCCACGGUGCCCUCUCCGGGUGUCACCCCCAUGGGCACAGACAGGAGCCCCACCACCACCACCAUGCUCUGGCCACAGCCCUGCCAGUCCCCAGUGUCUGAGAGCCGACUCUCCGUGUCUCUGAAGGAGAUCUACCAGACGAGGAAGAGCGGAGAGCGCAGGGUCAAGGAGUGGGACACACUGGCUGGCACCGGCUCUCACCUGCCACAGGUCUUGACCCUUGACCCGGUUGGUGGCUCUGUGAUGCGUCCCAAGGUGACUCCUCCAGAGGUCAGGUCGGAGGUGACGUCAGGUCUGGCGUCCCCGAGCCCCUCCCCCCUCAGCAGUCCCCAGGGGCCCUGGCUGCUGCACCCGGACCCCGGACACCGGGACCGAGACAGGGACCGAGACAGUGGCCGCGCCACGGAGGAGGGAGGCGUCCUGAGCGAAGAGGAUGAGGGGAGACCCCACACCUCCCACACCACCACUACCACACCCACCCUCCGCAGCCUAAACAAGCCUGCCACUCGAGUUAGCCCCGCCACCAGGGUCAGCCCCACCCCUCGGCCUAACCACACCCCCAGAGCGAGCCCGACGCUCAGAGCCAGCCCAACCAGUAGAGGGAGUCCUACCAACAGGUUGGAGAGGGCUGCAUCGCUGGAGGACCCCGUCACACUCUCACUGAUGCGUCAGAACUUGCGUGAGAAGCAUGAGAGACACGUGGCGGACAUGAGAGCGUACUACGAGUUGGAGAUCGCCGCUCUGAAGGAGAAACUAGAACUCACACACCUCCCACACGACAUACAGCGGAGCAACGAUAUACUACAGGAGAGGUGUGCGCACCUGGACCGGGCGCUGAGUGAAGCCAGCCGCCGCAUCAGUGAACUGGAAGAACAAAACCAGCUACUGGAGACACAACUGCGCGAGUGGCCGGAGCGUUUGGAGGUAGCGAGCGGCGCGGUGUCGGUGGUGAAACAGCGUCUGGAGGAGAGCCAGCGGUCGGGCAGGGAGAAGGACGCCCUCAUCACCAAGCUCAGGACCCGACUCAGGCACACCGAGGCGGCCGCACAGAACGCCUGCAAGGAGCGUGAGGAGACGGAGGCGCGCAGGAAGCAGGAACACAACAUGCUGCUGGAGCUCCUGACUGAGUACGACUCACUCCGGAAAGAGAAUGAUGGCACUAAGGAGAAGUUAUUCUCGACCGACAACAAGUUGUUUGAGGCCAGCGAGCAGAUAUCCGAUCUCAAGAGAGUGAUCAUGAAGUUGGAGUCCCAGGUGAAACAGCUGGAGCAUGAGAGCCAAGCCAAACUACGAAUGGCCUCACACACACACUCGCAGACUACUGGCUUGUUCCACCACCCGGACCUGCUGAUGUCCCCCAGUAGGCGCUACCAUGAGGCGGAUGCAGGCGCCAGGAGGUCCCCUGUCCCCACAGGGCUCCAGGCAGAGCAGACCAACACGCACUCCCCUGCCAAAGCUGCAGCACCAGACAAGAGGCACGUAACCCCUCCUGCUCGUGACCUCCAGGCUGACCCCGCCUCUCAAACACAAGGACAAGGUCAAGGUGGUCGAGGACGAAGAGAGGGACAGGGGAGACAGAGGGGUCGGGGACAACGAGAUGCCACCAUGACGCACGGACAAGGACAGCCACAAGGGCGACGAGGGGAUUCCACCCUGACGCCCGUCAUGAGGGCUCUCAUCCAGAUGGAGGGCACCAAAGCCACCGAGGGAAAGGCCCUGUCCAAAGCCAACCGCGGAGCCGCCAGGCCAGGCAGCAGUAGGCCUACGGUGGGAUUUGUUGACACUAGCGCCUGCCAGUCUGGCACAGGAAUGGGAGGAGCUUCACCUGAGCCAAUGGCAAUGCCCGAUAUAGCCGAGCCCGAGCCUGAGCUAAUAGCAAUAGCCGAUGUCCUCGGUCAAAGAGGUGGGUCCGGUCACAGAGGGGGAGGGGCCUAUCUGAGGGCCCAGAGAAGUUUGUCCCCCGAGGGCCACCGUUCCUCCUCUCUACCCCCCCGAACGCAGAAGCCGCCAACCCCCACCACACCUACGCGCCACACUCUAAUGAUGCCACUGUCUGCCAAGUCCAGCCCCAAACGCUGCCCUACGGAGAACUACUCUACCGCAUUUAGUCACCCAUCCACCAGUUGUGACUCGGACCAGAGGGGAGCCUGUUCGUCCUCUAACAGGCCCAGCCCACGCAAACAACUCCGCUACUCAGGCCCUGACCGGCUGGAAGGUGGCUCUGUCUCCGGAGACUCUGAGGGGGGAGAGGAGGCAGGGCGCACCAUAGAGGGCGGGGUUACAGGGGAGACGGAGACUGGAGGACUGGAGCUGUCCAAUCAGGAGACAGGAGUGCUGGAGCUGCCCAAUGAGGUGCCACUGUCCUACCAGGCACGCGUGCAGUCCCUCACCGACGCAGAGAGGCUAUUGGACGAACUCACACAGGAGAAGCAGCAGAUUGAGGCAGCUCUGAGUCGAGUGCCAGGGGCGGGGGCCCGAGUCACCUUGCAGACCCGGCUGGAUGAGGUGACGCUGGAGAAUCGUCUGGAUAGGGUCAACCGUGACCUGGGGUCACUACGCAUGACUCUGAAGAGAUACAACGUCCUGCGCACCUCGGCUAACACGUAGCACAGAGCUCUCUGGUGCUGUUUUCUGGCUGACCAGAACGAAGCCAGUGGCCGUUCCCGGACCAGUUACAUUCAAGACUAAAAUGCUUACCUGCGAACUGUUCACGCUCAUACCGAGCUUUGAACUUGGCCACACACAACUGUGUGUGUCACCUGGAUGAACCUGCGGAUGUCCACUUUGUCGUCGUGGUUCACGGAGGGUGAAAAAGUAUUUUUUCAGGUCGGCAUGCGGUUCUUGAACGCUCAGACUUGAACACGCCAGACAGUUCGAGAUGAGGUGGGGGAACAGGCACUAGCACAGUUCUCAGUUGGCCUGAACGCACCUUGGGAGAUGGAAGCAGUGGCAUCCCGGCCAUAGACGUGUGUACUGUAUGUCUGUGUAUAUGAAUAUGCAUAGAUAUGUCGAUGACCCAGGCACUCAGAAGCAGGAAGUGGUGCCAUUUUCAGCCUCUCUCUUCCUGUCUCUCUCCCCCAACCCACACCCUGUACAAAAUGCAAUGUCUAUAUGUGAAGUACAUAUUUUCUACUUUUUAUUACUGUAGAAUAUAUUUUGGAUCUUUUAUCACAUGGGAAAAAAAGAUGGAGAAUUUUAAAAUAUAUUUUAGUAAGAAUUCAGAUUUUCAGAUUAUCGUUUUACUUUUUUAUGUCUGUGAAAUAUGAUGAACUUUUGUGCUUUAUUCCUCUUUCAGGUCAUUUAGAGAGUUUUUAUACCCUAACUAGAUCCAUCUGAAUGGCAAAGACUAUAACAAUGAUUCCCCACUCCUCACGGAUCCCCACUCUCAUGAGUAUCAGCCUCUAGACACGCUCCAUGUCACACCACUAUAGAGAUUAUUUGCUAAACUCUGACCAUGGGGUUGCUAGGUCGUUGGAUGAUCACUCAAUGCGUUGAAUUCUCAGCGAGCAAGGACUGCAGGAAAAGUUUGUCUUGUUCCUUCAAAAGGAAAAUACAAAGUAAAAGUGGACUGCCAUUGAUGCAAAGUUAUGUACGAGUUUGUACAAAGUAUACAAAGUACAGUAUAAAGUAUGAGUCUGCCAUUGACGUACAGGUAAGAUCAUUCCCCUGCUGUAUUAUAUGGCAACACCUGAUUACCACGUUCUGCUUUCCCUGAACAAGUUGAAGAGGGGUCAGUUUCUUGACGGCAUUCUCCAGAUUGCUGUGUUCUUCUGAUCAGUAUCACAGCCAGUUGAAAGCAUUGGGUUUGUGUCUUCCAGUGACAAGAGGGUCGUAUUUAUAGUCCUCAGGUGCCAUCUGAAUGGGGAUCCAUAGAUGUAACCACAACCAUUCCAUGUGAAAAAAUAUGGCCAGUUUUCCUGUUAUGUUUUUUUAUGUUUACAUAUGGUGCAUUGAUUUGUUUAUUUAUUGAGUUCAUUUUAAAAAAACAACAUUGUUUUUUUUCUCUGUUGCUGUUAAAUGAAGUGUUUCCUCAUGUUUAUAUUAUUGACUUGAAUGAAUGUCACACUCGCAAAAGCCAAUGUAUUAGACGAGUAAUGUGUGUGGAGUCGCCACUUUUGUAGAGGCCUUUUUAUGUUGCUCUCACCGCCAUACCACCUGCCACACACACACACACACACCAUUCCAGGGAAGCAGUUUGGAGCCGUUCCCCCAUCCACACACACACACACACACACACACACACACACACACACACACACACACACACACACACACACACACACACACACACACACACACCAUUCCAGGGAAGCAGUUUGGAGCCGUUCCCCCCCACACACACACACACACACACACACACACACACACACACACACACACACACACACACACACACACACACACACACACACACACACACACCAUUCCAGGGAAGCAGUUUGGAGCCGUUCCCCCAUCCACACACACACACACACCAUUCCAGGGAAGCAGUUUGGAGCCGUUCCCCCAUCCACACACACACACACCAUUCCAGGGAAGCAGUUUGGAGCCGUUCCCCCAUCCACACACACACACACCAUUCCAGGGAAGCAGUUCGGAGUCAUUCCCCCAUCCAUCCAUUCCUGCAGACCUCUUGCCAACACCAAAACCAGCAACGACGUGGUGCAUUUUUUUUGCACAGUUUUUUUGUUAAAUUUCACAUUCACACAUGAUGUGCACCGUGUUGUAUGUAACAUCUGUCACGCUGGGCAUGCCAAAAUAAUACCAGCCCACUGUUUACUUACACAGGACACACAGCACGCAUGCGACCCCUGCCAAUGGUCAAGCAUGAAACCACAAAUGAUUGUGCAGUCUUUUACUACCGUACUUUCCUAAAGAUAAAAUGAUACCACUUUUUUAUUUAAAAAAAAGAAAAGAAACCAAUACUCUGUUAACCAUUUGAAAUAUCUACUCUCUUAUAAAAAUGUCUCAAACAAAUAAACGUUAACAUUUAAUAUAA